GAGGUAUAGCAAAGUAGUUAUCAUUCACACAUAUGCAUACUUAUUAUAAUCAAACAAUAUUAUCACUAGCAAAGUCCAAUUAGUAAGUGCAAAGACUUGUAAUAAACUUCAAAGAAUAGAGAGACCCACUACCAAACCUUCCGAAUAAAGCCAAGUAAAAUGGUAGGCCCUUUAUAAACCAACUUUAAUCCAUUUUAACUUUUAUAUAUUAAAAAAGGGCCUUGAAAGGCUUUGAAACCAAUCAUAAACCCAUUAUCACUAGUACUCAACCACAACCACUAACUUUUGUUUCUCCUUUCCUUUUUUUCUUCUUUCACAUUUUCUCUUUCUUUCUCUCACAACCACCACCACCACUUCUCAAUGUCGUCUUCCACCACCACAACAACCACCGUCCACGGCGAGCCUGAACGACGAACUUACUGGUGUCAUGAAUGCGAUAUGAGUUUAUCCCUCCUCUCCUCCUCCGAUUCCGAUUCCGAUUCCUCUCCUCUGUUAUGUCCCCAAUGCCGUGUCGAUUUCCUCGAACGUAUGGAUCACGAUUCUUCUUCUUCUAAUCUCUUUGACGUUACCAUCGGUGAUUUUGAAGAACAAGACGGAGAAAACGAUGAUGAAGACGACGAAGAAGAUUGGUGUUUCGUUGAUCCAGCUGUUAAUUCCGAUGAUAAUUUCCUCCUCGAUAGUCCUUACCUUCACCGUCUUCUUCGUCAUCUCGCUUCCGAUAAUUCAGGAUCGUCUUCUUCUUCCUCGUCUUCAUCUUCUUCUUCGUUAUUGAAAUCUUCAGAUAUCGAUUCGAUCCCCACGAUUCAGAUCUCGUCUUCUUUGCUCUGUUCCACCGAUGAUUCAGAUCCAGAUUCCGUUUUACUCUGCGCCGUUUGCAAAGAGGAUUUCAUCAUCGGAGAAUCUGCUCGGAGAUUACCGUGUAGUCAUAUAUACCACUCCGAUUGCAUCGUCCCUUGGCUCUCGGAUCAUAACUCGUGUCCGCUUUGUAGAUUUGAGCUCCCUACGACGGCGAAGGUGGGAAUCGGUGGCUCAGAGGCUGAGAUGAGAAUCAGAUUAUCGGAUCUGGCUACGAUUGCUGCAGAUGGUGAUGAUGUGGAAGAUGAUUGGCUUGGAAUCAGAAACGCGUUGAGAAGACUGGCUCGUCGUCAUGAGCAGAUGAGAUUGGGAGUGGGAGAGAUGGAGAGGAAUUUGGCUAGGACUGUUUCAGGUCUUGGAAUUGGUAUGAGAAGAAGAGAAGAGAUUGAAGCAGACAGAAGCAACGUCACAACGACGCCUUUGUAAGAACGAUUUCGAAAUUCAAAUAUGAGUUUUUUUUUUGUUUGCUUCAAAUUCUCAGCUCUCUGUUUAUUUUACCGAUCGGCGUUUUAAUCGAUUAUUGAUUAUAGUUACAAUAACGAGAGUUUUUUUUUUUUCUUCAUGUUCAAUUGUUUUUACUUUUUAGACAAAUGUUGAUGAUCUCUUUGCUUUUGAGUUUUGUCUACUUUCGAUACAAUAAUUGAUGAAAUAAACGUAAGUGUAAUGAUUUGUUCUACGUUUUUCAUUUCUCGACUUUCUGAUACGGUGAGUGGUGACUGUAGUCUGUUGAUCUGGUUGACUCUAAUAAAAAUAAAAGUGAAUACAAGGCCCACCAACAAAGACAAAAUUGGGCUGAGAAUCUUGG